UUAGCAGUCUAUUCAAUGUCAGAAAGUUUCUACUAUUGUGUUUGUCAAACGAAAGCAAACUGAACGCUCCCUCCUCCCCCGACCCGUGUAACUUACGAUUCAGGCUGGGUGUGUUUGGAAGGACAUAGUUUCCGUAUGUGGGAAAACUAAUGAAUAAAAACGAGUAGCUUGAAAAGGAGUAUUUCUGGCUUCGGUAAGUUGUACAUUUUGCUGAGCCUCGCAGAAGCUAGCUGUGUUUUCGCAACUGUCUUCCAGCAUGAUCGAAAAUAAAGGUCAAAGUGAAAGAAAAAAAAUGGAAGACAGAAACUUACUGCAGAAUAUCCGUACACCACCCAAACUCAGCACACCUGUACUUAUAAUCUCCAAACUCCUUGUGGUUGUUUUGCCCAUCGCUCAGGUAUCAAUAGGUGGGGUUUAUCUCAACGACUGUCCGAAGCAGCCCUACAUCCCCAUUUAUCUGCUGGUGUCAGGUGUGUUUGCACUAGUCUUGGGUCUGUUGUCCUGCCUGCCAUGCACUCAGGAGCCAGAAGAUGGUACUCAAACUCCUCUAAGCGGCCUCUGCACUGCUUGGAAUUCACUGGUGUCGCUGUUUCUCUUCUGCUGGUUUAUCGCUGGUAAGAUUGCAACAGCAAUGUAGAAAGACAGGAAUGUUUUAAUAUUACGAGUGCAGUAAACAAUUCUUCCAAUGGUUCCAAAUCUUUUUUAUGGAUGACAAGCAGCAGUUUUUAUUUGAAUGUUAUCAAAAUGGUACCAUAUAAAAUAUGUAGCCAAAAAUACUUGAGUGAAAUUAAAGUAGUAGGUUAUCUACAUUUAAAGAGCUAGUUUACCCCAAAAUGAAAAUUCUCCCUUAAACUCAUGACAUUCCAGAUGUAUAUGACUGACUGACUUCAGUUGAACACAAACAAAUAAUUUGAUAUUAAAAUGCCACUCAUUUUGAAAAGAAAUAUGAGAAUGUCCUCAGUUCACUCUCCUUUGGCAAGUGUGACAUGAAAAGUUCAUUUUUGACCCUUGUUUGUGUAUGAGCUUAAAUAUUUUGGCAGACGUUUAUAUUUUUGAUACAGAUUUAACCUUACAUAUAUAUUUGGUUACUGAGUACCUCAUGACAAGUGAAAAUGGAUACGA